CGCUAAACGUCGGCUCGGAAGCUGAAUCAAGUAGACAAAAAAGCAAUUGGAUCAAGAGUGAGCAUGUCACGAUGUCGAUGCGGCGCCGCAAGGUAUUUUAAAGCAUUUUAAAGCUCUCAGGAGCUCCAGCUUCGUACCCCCACCGAAUGUCUUCAGCGGCUGAGGUCGAUGACGCACGUCCAAUGCAGGGAGAGCGUUGGCGGGCUCAGAAAGGCGAGCGAUCAGCCCUGCAUGUCCACAGGCUGGCUUGUCCUCUAUCAUCGUCUCCUCUUUUUCUUCACGCCGUCGUCUUCCGUCCCACUCCCACGAAAAAUUGUGGAGAGCGGUGAGCUACUGAUUGUCACACGCGAGGACAGUUGCUGCUCGAAGCUUGGUCACCACCACCACCACACCUAUUCACGACCCCCACAAAGUUCGGCCUUUCCCCGACCCACUCCACGCGUGUUGAAGCUUCCCGUGCCACAAUUACUGGUUGCAGCGCUUCCAAGCAUCAGCUAGUGUAUGAUCUACUCUCAUCUUGUGUCUCCAUGUGCAACCAGGCGACCUCCUACAUGCUUCAAGUACUUCCUGCCGCCGUUGCU